AUGCUGCCGAAUAACGAGGUUCGCGUGCCCCCUCCGCGGGCUGCACAGUCCGCCCCGCGCAACAUCACCGCCGAGUUCACGGCGGCCGCUUCGAAAUUACGCACCGGUCAGCUUGUCAAGGAUGAAUACUUCACGCUGUUCGAGAGCGUGGGUGCAUUGGAGAUUAUGGACUCCAAGAUGGACAGUGGCUACAUUGCCCCGGGCGAGAACCAUGCGCAGGCGCUGGAGGACGAUUACGAUGUGCGACGAGACUUGACACCCGAGCAGGUGCUGGGCUUGAUGGAUCAGCUGCUUUGCCAUGAGAUGGCAUGGCAUAUGGGCCACCCUCUCUCACAAACCCUCUUUACCUCGAUAUACAUCGACAAAUUGUUGUGGCCGGUGCCAAGGACCAUCGAGGACGCCCGGUUUGAUCGCGCGCCAAGUGACAACCCCCUCAUCAGCAUUGUUCUCCGGGCGUAUUGUCUUGGGUUAAUCAAGGCUUGUGACUAUGUUCAUGCUCGGAUUGUGACCGAGUACUUUUACGAGGAGGAGGACUUUGUCGGUCAAUUAUACAACCGCAAUCUGCUAUCUCUAUUCGAAUCAUCUCACUUCUACCGCCUGCUGGACCAGGCGAUCGCUUGGGUGGAUGCUGAAACGGAGAUGGAUCAAGGCCUGCGAGACGGCAUUCGGUGCAGGCUAUUGUUUCGCCGCGAGUUUUUGUCCGCCUUGGACCAGGAUCUUGAGGUCCUCGAUACCAGAUCAACAGACAAUUUCUCAUCGUGCUUGUCCCACCUGGCUGCUCUGACCGAGUCCGUGUCUCUUGGAAAGGAAGUGCCAGAGGCAUUCAGUAUGAAGAUUCAGCGGAAGCUUGCCAGCACCGUGCCGCCUCGACCGAUUGUCAAUAUCAGCUCCAAGGAUGCACUCGCUCAUAUGAAACGACUCUGCCAAGACGCCAUCGAUAUGCAGCAGAUCCUGGACUACACGGGUCCGAGUAACUUCAAGACUGCCAUCUGGACCCUGUUGUCCCGAAAGCCUCAGCCCUCGGUCUAUAUUCGAUGUUUGCUUCAGGCGCUGAUAGUGAGCGAUAUGACCAUCUUGGGAGCGGUAUCCGUCAAGCAAUUUCUUUACGACGACCUUGCGGAGCUUGUAUUGCCCGCGAACUUGUUGCUUGCCGCGAACACAGACGAUGUGGAGUUGCCGACGGACCCUCGGUUCCAAAUUGCCCAGCAGAUGGAUGCUUUCGUGAGACGAUUCGCCCAGCCAUUUGUCGACACGGUGCGAUCGGCUUGCUUGAACCGAUGCCGCGUCCGUAGAAUUCUCUGUCACGCCGUUGUUGAGUGGGACAACCUGCAAAUGGAGGCUGAGGAUAUCGAUCUCCAAAUUCAACCCCUGAGCAGAGAGCCAGGACUGCAGGUCCAGGGCGAAGAACCUACCUUUUCUUUCCCGCUGAGUAGUUGGGCCUAUCACCAGAAACUCACCCAACUUCGGCAGAUCCUCCAGAUGGGGUUCGAGCUUUCGAUCUACUCCCCCGAAGAACUCCCAGGCAUGUACUGGUAUCUGUCUCACAUCUGCUCCGCACACCUUGGCCAUGUGGAUCGAAUCCGAACGUUCAUCGUGGCGGCUCGAAAGCGAGAUCUCGUGAUGACCAACAACCGCGAGAGCAAUGCCACCGAAAAAUCGGUCGCCUUCCACAAAUCAUUCCGCAUUCUGGAGCGACUGACCACUCACCUCAUUGCGGUCGAUGCCUUUGCGAUCGCCCUACACUCAUUGUACGUGUUGCUGGCCCGGCACAAGGUGCUGCCGUCUGCCUCGGGUCCGGAGGCAUACUCUACGGAUAAGCUUCGUUAUGAACUCCGAAUGAAACCAUUCAUCCCGAUCUCUCUGCCCGAGCUUGUUCCUUACGAGGAGUACCAGCGCGAAGCUACCUUGGAAGGAGACACCGAUGCGACCAUCCUCGAUCGCGCCUCGAAGGCGAUCACGGAGGCACGCAAAGCUUGGGAAGCGACGCUGACCCACGGUGCUUUUAUUGAGGGCCCUUCCACAGUUAACGGAAGCGCGCCAAAUGCCAUUGAGGAGGAUUGGAAGCGCGACAUCAAAGACACGAUGCGUGCAUGCAUCGGGGCAAGCAUUGCUAUUGAGACGGUGAAAAGGGUGAUCGCGGGGGACUCGUCGGCAGAGAAGCUGCAGGUGACGAUCCCGGAGAUCGGCUCGAAGACGCACUGGCAUGACUGGUGGAUCGUGCCACAGGUUUCCGAGAAGAAAAAGGACUCGUGA